AGUAAUGGCUCCUGUUAACAGUGUCUGGAACUCUGGGGGAAUCCACAGCAACAAGAGAGCCAUCAAUCCCAUCAGGGCUGCCCUCUCUGAAGGCAAACAGCAGCAGGCAGGCUGGGGGCUCUGAAGAGGAACACUCCCAUCCUCUGGCUCACCGUUUGCAGUUCAUUUCUGGGUUUGUGUUCCAGUUUCUGUCCUCCCUUGGUGUCUGGCUCUGCGUAACAGAUAGCAGCAGGCCUGCCGUGAUCGGGUUCCUCUGAGUCCCCAGGAGUGUGCUUAAGGCUUGGAUGGUGGUGCUGCUCAUCACAGACAAUGUGGCUGAUACUUCAGAGAAACCCGUCCUUGUCCCCUGUUCUCCAAGUGCCUGAGCUGGCUGCAGGCCGGGACCUUUGCCUCGUGCUCUGGGUUCUAAGCUUGGCCAUUGUACAGAUGGAUGGCCAGGUCUACUCCCCGACUGUCAACACGCACUAUGGGAAGUUACGAGGGGUCCGGGUUCCGCUGCCUAGCGAGAUUCUGGGUCCUGUGGAUCAAUACCUGGGGGUGCCUUAUGCAGCCCCUCCUGUUGGGGAGAAGAGGUUCAUGCCCCCUGAGCCACCCUCCUCCUGGUCUGGAAUAAGGAAUGCUACCCACUUCUCACCAGUCUGCCCUCAGAACAUCCACAGUGCAGUCCCGGAGAUCAUGCUGCCCAUCUGGUUCACGUCCAAUCUGGAUAUAGUUGCCACAUACAUUCAGGAUCCCAAUGAGGACUGCCUGUACCUCAACAUUUACAUUCCCACCGAGGAUGUAAAACGGAUUUCCAAGGAAUGCGCCCGAAAGCCCAACAAGAAAAUAUGUAGGAAAGGAGGAGCCAGCGCUAAGAAACAGGGCGAGGACUUAGCGGAUAAUGACGGGGAUGAAGAUGAAGACAUUCGUGACAGUGGGGCCAAGCCCGUGAUGGUUUAUAUCCAUGGCGGCUCCUACAUGGAGGGCACAGGGAACAUGAUUGAUGGCAGCAUCCUGGCCAGCUACGGCAACGUCAUCGUCAUCACCCUCAACUACCGCGUGGGUGUGCUAGGAUUCCUGAGCACCGGGGACCAGGCAGCCAAGGGGAACUAUGGGCUGCUGGAUCAGAUCCAGGCGCUGCGCUGGAUCAGUGAAAAUAUUGCCUUCUUCGGGGGGGACCCCCUGCGAAUCACUGUCUUUGGCUCUGGCAUCGGCGCCUCCUGCGUCAGUCUGCUCACUCUCUCCCACCACUCAGAAGGUCUCUUCCAAAGAGCCAUCAUCCAGAGUGGCUCUGCUCUCUCCAGCUGGGCAGUCAACUACCAGCCUGUGAAGUAUACCAGCCUGCUGGCCGACAAGGUAGGCUGCAACGUGCUGGACACUGUGGACAUGGUGGAUUGUCUGCGACAGAAGAGUGCCAAGGAGCUGGUAGAGCAAGAUAUCCAGCCAGCCCGCUACCACGUGGCCUUUGGGCCUGUCAUCGAUGGAGAUGUCAUCCCGGACGACCCUGAGAUCCUGAUGGAGCAGGGCGAGUUCCUGAACUACGACAUCAUGCUGGGGGUGAACCAGGGUGAGGGGCUGAAGUUCGUGGAGGGCGUGGUGGAUCCCGAGGAUGGUGUCUCGGGCAGUGACUUUGACUACUCCGUCUCCAACUUUGUGGAUAACCUAUAUGGCUACCCAGAGGGGAAGGACACCUUGCGGGAGACCAUCAAGUUCAUGUACACAGACUGGGCGGACAGGGACAACCCCGAGACACGUCGCAAAACCCUGGUGGCCCUGUUCACUGACCACCAGUGGGUGGAGCCGUCAGUGGUGACGGCUGACCUGCAUGCCCGCUACGGCUCCCCAACCUACUUCUACGCCUUCUACCACCACUGCCAGAGCCUCAUGAAACCCGCAUGGUCUGAUGCGGCCCAUGGAGACGAGGUGCCUUACGUCUUCGGGAUCCCCAUGAUUGGCCCCACUGACCUCUUCCCUUGCAAUUUCUCCAAGAACGACGUCAUGCUUAGCGCCGUGGUGAUGACCUACUGGACCAACUUCGCCAAGACUGGGGACCCCAACAAGCCUGUCCCCCAGGACACCAAGUUCAUUCACACCAAGGCCAACCGCUUUGAGGAAGUGGCGUGGUCCAAGUACAACCCUCGCGACCAGCUGUACCUGCACAUCGGCCUGAAGCCAAGGGUACGAGACCACUACCGAGCCACCAAGGUGGCCUUCUGGAAGCACCUGGUGCCCCACCUGUACAACCUGCACGACAUGUUCCACUAUACCUCGACCACCACCAAAGUGCCGCCGCCAGACGCCACCCAGAACUCGCACAUCACCCGCCGGCCCAACGGCAAAAUCUGGACUACCAAGCGCCCGGCCAUCUCCCCGGCUUACAACAGCGAGAACCCCAAGGAGAAGUGGAGCCCGGAGCAGGAGGCCGGCACGCUGCUGAUCGAGAACCCCCGGGACUACUCCACCGAGCUGAGCGUCACCAUCGCUGUGGGGGCCUCCCUGCUCUUCCUCAACGUGCUGGCCUUCGCUGCGCUCUACUACCGCAAGGACAAGCGCCGGCAGGACACACACCGCCAGCCCAGCCCCCAGCGCAGCGCCCCCAACGACAUCGGCCACACGCCUGAGGAGGAGAUCCCCUCCCUGCAGAUGAACCAGGCCCACCACGAAUGCGAGUCAGGGCAGGCACACGAUGCCCUGCGGCUCACCUCCCUGCCCGACUACACACUGACUCUGCGCCGCUCCCCAGACGACAUCCCUCUGAUGACCCCCAACACCAUCACCAUGAUCCCCAACUCCCUGGUGGGCCUACAGACCCUGCACCCCUACAACACCUUUGCAGCAGGGUUCAACAGUACGGGGCUCCCGCACUCACACUCCACCACCAGGGUAUAGCUCCAGGGGCUGUGCCCACCCAUGCCCGCACACAGGGGACACUGGCUGGGGCUGCGGGAGCUGACGGAUGCAGAUUGGGCAGCACACACAGACAGACCCACCUGGCAGGGUGGAGCAGAGCCCCAGGGCCGGAAGGACCCCUGGUGCGGGACAGGUGGGCUGCUCGCCCCUCUGGCUCGCUCUUCUGCUUUUAUUUUGUAAAGUGCUUUGACUCUCCAUGUGCUGAGAGGGCUGACGCCGGGGCAGCAGGGCCCAGCCAGAGCAGUGCAGGAGAAUGGACAGCAGAGCAGGUGCAGAGAGCGUCACCCAGCCCUGCACGCUGCAUCCCUCUGGAAACCCCCGUGCAGGACAAUGAGAAGGACCUGCCUGGGGAGGAGGUGAUGGCGUGCCUGCCCCCUGGCCUGGACAUGGCACUAGAGGACUCUGCGCCACUGGGGAGGUGGUGCCUCCUGGAGCCCUCUUUCCUAUCCCCCAAGUACAUUGGGGACUGGCUAGGAGCAGUCCUUGGCAUUCUCUUUCCAUUGGACCUGUUGGGUUGAUUGAAAUUUGCCAUUCAAAGUGCCAUGGA